AUGACCUAGAAACAUCUUUUUAUGUAUUUAUCUUCGUCCAUUUUACAAUUUCAAUUUUGAACGAACAGUUUACAUAUAUUACAACCUGCACUUCUAAACCUGUCAUAUUCAGCAGUUCAGUCUUGAAUAAUUUUUGUUGGUAAAACCAGAAAUAAGAAUGUCCAAAUUUAAUUGCAAUAAAUAUGACCAUUAUAAUUCAAAUUGGGACCGACAUAUUCCAGUACGCUCAAGAUUCGAUUGCCAAACAUGCUAUUUUAAAUUAAACUUCAGGGGAUCAGAGGAUGGCAAUUCGAUUUAUACCGACAGACUUUUGCAAGAAUGUAAACUAUGUUCCAACGGAAAUGUAUUGAAAUUUUCACACUUCGAAAGUAAACCACAAGUGACUAUUCAAUCAAAUCCAAAUACAUGGCCAUCAAAGCCGAGAAAGAAAAACGAAAUAUGUGAUAAAGAACCGUAUCACAUGUGGUACCGAAGAAUAAGUUUAGCGCCACGAGUAUAUGAUAAUCACGUUGAUUGGAGCAGCAAUGGACCUUUAGCGCUAAUAAAUGGCUCUGGCUAUUUAGAAAUCUUUGAUCUUGAAGUUAAACAAAGACCUGAUAAAAUCAUUCAAUUAAACUACCCGACUAGGUACAUAAAAUGGAAUCACUCCGGUACACUGGUAGCCACGGUGGACAACGUUGACGGCUCAUUAACUUUAAUUUACAAUGGAAAAAAUGAAGGAAUACUACCUUUCCCCGGACUAUGUGCCUGCCCGCCACCGUUUAUUUCAGGAUAUAGAUGCAAAAUUCAAGCGAUAGCAUGGAGACGCAAUAAUACAAUACUGACUGGUUGCAAUAAUGGAACUUUGCGUAUUUGGGAAAGGGGCAAAAAAAAGUCAUUGAUGUAUGGAAACGAAGAGAUACUAGAUAUAAAACCAUCAAUAAAUGAACGCUAUUAUGCAAUAGUUCGGAGUUCUAUCAUUAACAUCUUGCAGUGGCCCGACAAAGUAUAUUGUCAAAUUAAUGCUUUUACAAAAAAGGCAUUAGCAUGGCACCCUUGGAAAGAUUCUAUUGUGUGCUAUGCAACAUUUACUUCCAUUGUUGUCUUAAAUGUAGCGACGAUGAAGUGGCUGGACAGUCGAAAAUUAAAACCAUUAUCAGUGAUACAUGCAUUAACAUGGAAUGAUUUAACGGGAGAGCUGGUGGUCAGUCUAUGCAAACUGGUUGAAUUUGUACCACAAUAUUCAAUUUUAAUAUUCUCAAGUUUGGAUAAUAUUAUUCACGAGAUAUCUAAUCGUCCAGCGGCUAUUGAUUAUCUGUUGUGGAGCCCGGAUAGAUCUGUAUUAAUGUCUUACGAUGAAGACUACAGAAUUUGUGUUUGGCGAUUCUUUGGAAACAAGAGUACCCGUAAGAAAGUUGUAGAAAAUGAGUACAAAAAUGUAUUGUCGAUUCAUUAUAAGAAUUUUGGAAAUAGCAUUCGCUAAAUAUAUUAUUAUAUGAAAAGUAGUGCAAAUUAUAUUAAU